GGGAAAAAUUAAAUUAAUACUUGCUUGACUGAAUUGAGAUGUGGACGAUAAAUUAUUAUAAUCAAGUUACAAUGCAAACCAAAACAAUGUAGUGACGUGUUAGUGGCUAGUGUAAACAGGGCGACAAUCUUAUUGGAAUCUUAGUGGAUGAUGUUGUAAACAAGGGCAUUUUGUCUGGUGUCGUAUGCAAUGACAUCCCCGGGGGCUGGUGGCAUGCGGCUUAGUAUGCACGGCGCCAUGCAUGGGCAGAUGGGGCUCAUGCCCCCUGGGGCCGAGUUCGCAGUAAGUGCGGCCGUGUCGCCGCUGCCAUCGCGCGGCUAUGACAUGCACGCUGCCGGUGACUCCUCCUCCGAUUCCCGUUCACCUGAGAUGCCCUCUCCAAAAGCUAGCGACCGUGAAUCUCGGAUCAUCGCUGAAAAACAACGUCGCAGUCAAUACAACUCUCAGAUUACCCAAAUAACAGGUUUAUUACCAGACGUUGUCCACCCUCAGCGAAAGAUAGACAAGACGAGCGUGCUGCGGCUUGCUGCGAACAAACUCCGUAAUGAACAUGUGUUCGGUGAUACUAUCACAUGCCCUCACUUAGAGAGAUGGUCGGCAGCUUUCCUCAGAUGCUUUGAAAUCUUGGGCGGCUUUUUACUCGCCGUCACAUGUCGUGGCCGCAUAUUUAAUAUUUCCCCUAAUGUCCAAGAGAAGUUAGGGUACUGUCCCGUGGACCUCUUGGGUCAAGAUGUUUACAAUUACAUACACCCUGAAGACAAGGAAAUCCUCCGCCAACACAUUUACCCACAAGAACUGCAAUCUGGUUGUGACAAGAGAUUAUUUAAAAAACAUCACAGCUUUCAUGUUCGUAUAAUGAGGGCCGGCGCUAAAUCUGAUACUCCUCGCUAUGAACAAUGUCGCAUAGAUGGCUCACUCCGUAAGUCAGACAGAGCAACUUCAAAUGGUGUGCAGGAUGAGCAGAUUAUAAGACGGCAGAGAGUGAGGCACAACAGGACAUUUUCAUCAAGUGGGAAUGAUUUUGUCUUUAUUGGCUUUGCUCGUGUGUGUUCCAAUCCUAUGCCACCACAAAUUUUACCUCCUACAUCUGACUCUGAGUACUGGACAAGACAUUUGAUUGAUGGUCGGAUUGUCCAAUGUGGUCAGAGUAUAUCCUUAGCUGUAGGCUAUAUGACAGAGGAGGUGACAGGGACCUCAGCGUUUUUAUUUAUGCACAAAGAAGAUGUCCGCUGGGUUAUUUGUGUGUUAAGGCAGAUGUACGACCAAAAUAAAGAGUUUGGAGAGUCCUAUUACAGACUGAUGUCACGAUCUGGUCAUUUCAUUUACAUGAGAACUAGGGGUUUUCUAGAGAUUGACAAGCACUCUAAAAUGGUGCAAAGCUUUGUAUGUGUUAAUAAUGUUAUUGGAGAGAAGGAUGGUAGGCGGAUGAUGGAAGAGAUGAAGAGGAAAUAUUCAGUGAUGGUUGAUGUGGUUAAUCAGGAGGAUGAUAAGGUUUCUACAGAUGAAGUGCCACUAGAGGAUCCACAAAUAUUGGAGCACAUUGUUAAGCACCUUGUCGGAUCCUCAAAUGAGACUGUUGAUGAACUAAAGCUGGUUGCACCUUCAAAAGAGAAUAUUGUCAGUGCUAUCAAAAAUAGUGAGAAAGUUGUCCAAGAAACAGGUGUGCGAUUUGAGUCGAGGAAAAGGAGAAAAACAGAUUAUGAUGAUGAAAGUGAACAAUUAAAACGGCCCAGUAGAUUGCAACAUUAAUAAAUGACUGCUGAUUUUCAUGAACAUUAAGUGUUUGUGAUUUUGUGUUCCUAAGUAUAAUAUUAAGUGAUAAAUAAAUGUGAGAAUCUUUUGUUGUAGCUGACCAAAUAGAUAGGUAUAGACUACUGGAAUGAAUAAGUCUUACAUAAAAGCAUGUUGGUCAUGCAACUAUAGUUCAGUGCCCCCAGAUAUCAACUAGUGACAAUUUCUGUGAAAUAAACCUGCUGCAAUGCCCCACUGAUGUAAGUGUUAUAAGGUUGACUCUUACUAUUGUAUAGAUAGCAGCAUAUCAGGCUACAUAUUUGAUGGAUCUUGUUCUGUUGCUGAAUAUUUGAACAAAAGUGUAUUUAGCUUGAUGUGCUGUUGACGGCAAAUUGUCAGUUAUUUUAAGAAUUUUUUUGUGUUUGUCUCUUGAUUUCUUACAUGUUUUGUUAUAUUUUGUCUUAGUGGACAUGUUGUACUAGGAAGCUUUCCUAUCUUAAUCUCAUAGUUGUAAGAAAAAUUACUAUGUUUACAUCAGAAGUUCUCUCAAAUGAUAACCAUUGAGUAAUUUUGACUGUCAUAAUCAAAUUAAAUGUUAUUUACUUUUACCCAUUGGACAGCAGGCAGCACAAAACUGUAGGUGGU